AUGGAGCUGCAGGACUUCUGUUUCAGUGAAAACUUUCCAUUUCUACAUGAACACAACAGUUUGAUGGACCCCUCAUCCUCUGAUGAUCCCCCGUCUCCACCAGAUCAGAACAUUAAAUCGGACUUAUCCAGUUUGGCAGCGUUUAGUCCGAGCAGUACAUCAGACAGCAGUGGGUACAGUGUAGUACUCUCUCGUUCUCACGAGCAUGCUCACUUCAGUACUUCAGAAGAACAUGAAGAUCCUCACAUCACAUCUCAAACCAGUUCCAUCCUGAGUCCAGAGUACCAUCCCUCCCUCAGCCACCCUCCCAAACGCCUCUGUCUGGUGUGUGGAGACUUCGCUUCUGGGUAUCACUACGGUGUGGCAUCGUGUGAGGCCUGCAAGGCUUUCUUCAAAAGAACCAUCCAAGGAAAUAUCGAGUACAACUGUCCGGUGGCGAACGACUGUGAGAUAACGAAGAGACGGAGGAAAUCCUGUCAGGCCUGUCGCUUUCAGAAAUGUCUCCAAGCAGGAAUGAUGCGAGAAGGAGUGCGUAUGGACCGAGUUAGAGGAGGAAGACAGAAGUAUAAACGACGUGUAGAGUCAGGAUUGGCCAUCUUCACACAAACUCCAUACACUAGUCCAGUUAAACACAUCCGUAAUAAAGUGAUUCCUCAGCUGUUGGUGUCUGAACCGGUGCCACUCCGAGCCACACCCGACCCCUCCAUCCCUGAGAGUGACCUCAAAACCCUCAUGACCUUGUCUGACCUUCUGAACAGAGAGCUGCUGGUGAUGAUUGGCUGGGCAAAACACAUACCAGGGUUUCCAGUGCUGUCGUUGGUGGAUCAGAUGGCCCUGUUACAGAGCGGAUGGGUGGAGGCUCUGCUGCUGGCUGUGGUUUGUCGAUCUGUGGGUUCUCCUCAGGAUCUGGUGUUCGCUGAGAACCUGAGACUAAACGAAGCACAAUGCAGAAGCAUGGGCCUGCUGGAACUGUACACACCCCUCCGACUGCUCGCCAACAGAUAUACCCAGCUCAACCUCAGUCACGAGGAGGCGCUCAUCCUGCGCGCAAUGGCACUCGCCAACUCAGAUGCUGAGCAGGUGGAGAGCGGUGAAGGGGUGCAAAAGUUUCAGGACGGGUUACACGAGGCUCUGCAUGAUUACGAGCUGAAUCAGAGAGGAUUCGAACCUCACCGCGCUGGUAAACUGCUCAUGACGCUACCGCUACUCCGACAGAGCGCUCAGCGAGCCGUACACUGCUUCCAUCAUCUCCACACUCAGGGACGAGUUCCCAUGCACAAACUCUUCCUCGAGAUGCUCUCCACCAAAAUGUGA